GAAGGUGUAAUAGUUAAGCUGGGAAGGGGAGCUAAUCUUCAUGUAAGCCAAUGCCUCAUGUGUUUACAUGGCAGGUUUAAGAAGGGCAAGAUGAUGUUGCUGUGCUCAGUAGGGUCAUGGAUCCUCUUCACCCUGGCCAUCGGCUUCAUCCAACCUCCGGCCACUGCCUGUGUGGAGUUCAACAAUACUCACCAUAUACUCAAGACCCCCUACACCACGAUUGUCAACAAGAGGAGCGUGGACCAGAGUGACUACUAUGAUGCUGAUGAUAAUGUGGAGGACUUUGAUGUCCAGGUUAUAACCAUUGACAACCCAGAAUUCCAUCACCAGUACCACAAGAGAUCCCUGAAGCAGGUGUCCCCAGAGGAGCUGGAUGAUGCAUUCUUCAGCCAGAUGGAAGACUGGCCAAGCAGCUUGACCAACAACAGCCCUCACUGGAGGAGGAAGAGGGACACACCCUUACCCCCUGACCAUGUCAUCGGCAAAUCACCCAAUGUUGUUCAUUAUACCGUCAACUUUAAGGACUUCAAGGGUGCAGAAGAAGACUGGCUGUCCCCACCCUUCUCCAGCAUUGUGUAUCGGUCAUUAGAUGUACAGAAGGUGUUCUUCCUGCUGCUGUUGGUGGUUAUCCUUGGGGAGUUCUUCAGCUGCCCAGCCAUCACCCUGGCUGACUCUGCGGUGUUGACUUACCUGGCUGAUGAGGCAGAUCACUACGGUCGGCAGCGAAUGUUUGGCUCCUUGGGUUGGGGUCUGUCCAUGUUUUUUGUGGGCAUCGCACUGGAUCAUUCUACAGCCUUCCCAGGACACCCCUGUCGCCCACAUGAGAAGGAGAGAAAUUACACCAUUUGCUUUGCAGUCUUCAGUGUUCUCAUGGGCUGUGCUCUCAUUACAGCUUCACAGUUCAAGUUCGACUACUCGGAACCGAUUACAAGCACUACUCCAGAAGUAAAAGAACCUGUGGAUAAUGGGCCACGUCCCUGGAAUGAGCCCAAAAUUCCAUUGCAAGAGCAGAAAUCCCAACGACAAAAAAUUGAUGAAGCCAUUGGCACAAUCAAGACCAAGAUCUUUGCUCAGACUAUGAAGGAGAUGCCAGAAUGGUUUGUAGUUCUGAGGGAGUUUAAGAAUCUUCGGUGUGGUGCCUUCCUCUUUGUGGCCUGGUGGAUGGGCUUUGGCAUUGGUCUUAUAUUUGCUUUCCUCUUCUGGCAUUUGCAGGAUUAUGGAGGUACCCCUACAGUGUUUGGCAUUGCUAGCAUCAUGAAUCACAUUUCAGAGAUCUUUGCUUACUUCUUCAGCUUCCGACUCAUCGCACAGAUUGGACAUGUUAAGGUGCUUUGCAUAGGGUUGUUGGGCAAUGUUCUCCGUUUCCUUUACAUUUCCUGGAUGAAGAACCCCUGGUGGGUCCUGCCAUUUGAGUUUAUUCAAGGAAUAACCCAUGCUGCUGUGUGGGCUGCGUGCUGUUCUUAUAUUGCCCACAACACCCCUCCACACCUCCGCUGCUCCUCACAGGGAGUUCUCCAGGGUAUCCAUCAUGGCUUUGGCAGAGGCUGUGGAGCCAUUGUUGGUGGAAUAUUUGUAAAUUUUUUCGGGACUUCUGUUGUGUUCCGAGCAUAUGGUGUGGUGUCUCUCAUCAUUCUUGCUGCAUUCAUAUUCAUCAACUUCUACCGAAGAGAUGUUGGGUUCCAACCUGAUCUACCACCUGAGGAGGACCCUCGUGAGAUGGCUGAAGAAGGGACAGCUCUUGCACCACAUGGAGUUCCGGCUAAUCCUAUGCCAAGGGCAUUAAGUUCACAAAAACUGAAUGAAGGUGCAGGUGAUGCAGGAUAUGGCACUUAUAAUGCAACAAAUGGAAUGCUUGACAUACCAGGUGGAGGAGGAGGUGCUACAAAUCCCUUCACCCAGAGUGGAGGUGCUGGUGGGGAUGGUGGUGGUAGAGGUGGCGGAUAUAACUACUCCACUCAGCCUGUUCCACCAGUAUUCUCAGAGACUAACCCAUUCAGAAACUACUUUGCAGCAUCCAGUCCUUUCCCAAAUAAAGACUCACCUGUCACAUCACCAGACCUCAGCCCUGAUUAUGAGUCUAUCAAACACAGAUUCCAGGCCUACAAUGAUCUUCUAAGUGGAAGAACUGAGUUAAAGGAUCUCUCUAAGGCUCUGAAGUCUCCUCGACACAGUCAAGACCUGCAGCCACCCCAAGCCUCCCUGUUACACUGGACCACACACCACAGCCAGAGAACAAUGCUCAUGAUUAUAAUUGGUAGAUCAGAUAAUUGGCACACCAUAGCUGAUGUAAACACAUGGUUUGAAAUUGAGAUUCUGAAUAUCAAAAUUAUUUUAAUCUGUGGCUAAAACUACAGUUAACAGUUGGAUAUCCUUUACACUCUCCCAUGUUCAUACAUCCAUAUGUUAUAAAAAAUUGCAGCUAGGGUACUGUAAUACUUUUCAGUAUUGUUAAUAUGCACACUGACAUCAAUAGCAACUUAAAAUAUAUAUAGUUUACGUUGAUAGUAUCCAUACCUGUUAUGAAUAAGCUUUGCUUGCAUAAAGUUCUGAGUGUUAUAUACAAUAUUUAAACUAUGUUUUUUAUUUAUUUUAUUUAUUUAUUUCAGAAUACAGAAACAUGAAUGACAUUUUUUAUUUUCUUGUACAGUACAGGAAUGAGGAGGUAAUUGGUAAUGUCCAACAUGUUUAACUGUUUUUAUUGUUUGGGUAAGUUUUGUUCUGACACAGAUAAACAAUUUCUCACCACGAAGCACACAAAACUUGUGGAAGUUGAUCCUGUAAUCACAUCAUCCCAAUGUGUACUUUCUCUAGUUGUUCAUCCAGUGUCUUUGCAACAGCAGUUAUAAGAUGAAAUAACGACUAUGAAUUGUAUAUUAUUUGCAUAGCUUUGUUUUGUAUAGUCCAGAGUUGCCAUGUGUACAGCUUUACCACAAAAAAUUGCCAUCCAAAAACUACUUUGGAUUGUACUAUAUACUUAAAUAACUUUUGUCUGCUCUUUGGAUGGUUUUAGAACAUGUGCUAUAUCCAUCAUGUACAAACCUCAGUACUGUACUAUAUCUAAAUAACAAACUUCAAAAUCUAUGGACUAUAUGACCAACUAACUGCUUCAAGGACUCUCAUACUGUGCUUUUCUGUGGUUGGUUUAUUUGUCUAAAUCUCAAAGAAGACCUCCCUACCUCUCCCUCAUAAUGGUCUGAAAAGACCAAAUUUUCUUUAAUCUGUAAGAGUGCAGCAGGUUAUGGCAGUAUAUAAGAAUACAGGUGUAUUUUAUAGUACAUUGUAAGAAGUAAAUGAUGAGGGAAUCUGUUGUAACAUAAUACAGCACAUGUAUUCCUCAGGAUAUGAACAUUCAUGAUACAAGUUUCCCAAAUUGACACCCUUAUUUCAAGGAAAAAAGUUGCUCCUCUGAUACAAAUUUUGAGUGUGGGUAAAAAUUCAAAUUUUGCUCGCCAGGUGUCAGCUGGCACUGCCAUCUUCGGAGAGAUGCACAGAGACAUAUUCUCAUGCACUGAUCAUACCUCCUCCUCAUCUCCCACAAGCCCGCGUCCUUCCAUUCAUUACACU